CUCCUUCACAACUUCAACGAAACGGUCCUAGUCACAGCUCUACCAGGUGUAUCACAAUGCCGAUUGCACCUAUAAUCACAUUCAAGGCCGGCCAGUGUGACAUCGACACAUCGUCGAAGCCAUACAAGGUCACGCCACAGCCCGAAUCUGGCUACAUCUAUCUAUGGUCCGAAGAUGACCUGGUGCAUUUCUGCUGGCGGCGACGUGACCAGGCGCUGGAUGACCCCGAAGUCAUCGACCUCGUCAUGGUUCCCACCGACGGUAGCUUUCUCCCAUACGAAUACAAGACAACCCCUCAGCCAACAUCAAAGACCAACGGCCGCAUAUUCGCCCUGAAAUUUGCCUCUUCCUCUCAACGCCACCUUUUCUGGAUGCAGUCCAAGCCUCAGGGACGAAGUGGCGACCCGAGCCACUUCAGCCCCCGGGAUCGCAAGAUUGGCGACAUUGUUCACAGACUCCUGCAGGGCGAAGAUGUUAAUGUGACGCGGGAACUGGCGGCUGUUCGAAACAACAAUGAUCACCAAGACGAUGAUGAUGAGACCAUGGAGGACAUCGAGGGCCACGGCCACCAGGAUCACCACGCGGGAGGCAGCGGCGGUGCUGGCCCCGAUGCGACGGGAGGCGAUAUAAGAGAGGAGGGUGAGGGCUCGAGAGAAGGCGGAGCUGAUGGAGCAAGAGCAGCUUCGUCUUCAACCCCAGAUGCCGCGGCUGCAGUAAGAAACUUUCUCGAUUCGCUGAGAGGCCAAUCCGGCCUUGCUGGUGGACAGCAGCAGCAACAACAGCAGGCAGAUAUUGCUUAUCCGUAUCUGAGCCACCUCCUACCAACCUCUAUCACAGUUCCCAUCGUCGAUACCCUCUCAGCUGAGCAGGUAGACUCGCUUCUCAGCUUCCUACCGCCAGCCGUCAUCGUGCUCGCUAGUGACACAGUCGAGCUCGACGGUAGAUCAGACCCAACUGCCGAGCAGAUCCGGGCUGCCAACGAAUCAUUGUCGUUGGAAAAGAAGCAAGCCUUGUUGAAGAAAGUCCUUCGAAGCCCUCAAUUCCACCAGGCCUUGGGAACGCUGACAAUGGCUCUUCGAGACGGGGGUCUGCCUAGCAUUGCCGACGCACUUAGCGUAAAGGUUGAGAAUGACGGGUACUUGCAACCUGGAAUUCCCAUGGGCGGUGGCUAUGCUGUCAAGGCAUUCAUUGAUGGCGUCAAGAAGACGGUUCAGGACAGCAGGCGGUGAUUUCUUACUGAUGCUGGUUACGUCUCAUGAUAUCAGGUAGAGGGCCUUCAUUCUCAUUGGCAUAUUUUAGGGUUUUCCUGCAAGGAAGUGGAUUAAUGAGUACGAUUUCAGUA